AAAACCACCAAAAAAUAUUAUAAAAAUUAAUAAUAAUAAAAGACGCUAGGGAUCUCGAUCACCGAUCUCGUUCUCUCCGGCGAUACCUUUGUAAUUGUUUCCGGUGAGAUAUUGAGUUCGGAUCCCUUCUCGAUACGAUCCGUAGUGUCUGUUUAACCUAGAUCCGAAUCACCAUGGCUCCAGUUUCAGCUCUGGCCAAAUACAAGCUUGUUUUCUUGGGGGAUCAGUCCGUCGGCAAGACCAGUAUCAUCACUCGCUUCAUGUACGAUAAAUUCGAUAACACUUACCAGGCUACCAUUGGUAUUGACUUUCUGUCAAAAACAAUGUACCUCGAAGAUCGUACAGUUCGAUUGCAGCUCUGGGAUACGGCAGGACAGGAAAGAUUCAGGAGUCUUAUUCCUAGUUACAUUAGGGAUUCCUCCGUGGCAGUCAUUGUCUAUGAUGUUGCAAGUAGGCAAUCCUUCCAAAAUACUUCAAAGUGGAUUGAAGAGGUGAGGACUGAACGCGUUAGUGACGUUAUAAUUGUGCUUGUUGGGAACAAAACCGAUCUUGUGGACAAAAGGCAAGUCUCGGUUGAGGAAGCUGAAGCCAAGGCUCUUGAAUUCAAUGUUAUGUUCAUCGAAACUAGUGCCAAGGCUGGCUUCAAUAUCAAGGCUCUAUUUAGGAAGAUUGCGGCUGCUUUACCUGGAAUGGAAACACUUUCUUCAACAAAACAAGAAGACAUGGUCGAUGUCAAUCUUAAGUCUUCAAACCCAAAUUCAUCCCAGUCGCAGCAACCGGCUGGAGGAUGUGCCUGCUGAUGAUACAUACGUACCAUACACAAAACACAUGUCAUUGAUCCGAGGUAUGUAUGCUUUAGACAUUUAUUUCGUGCUUCCAAAAGUGUUCCUGUAAAAAAGGAAGGAAAAAAAAUCUUCUCCCCUCCCUUUUUUGUAGCCAUUGGGCAUUUGGGUUUGAUGGAAUAUUAAUGAGAGAGGAGAUUUUCAAUUUUAUCAUGGUAGUUAGGGCUUGUCCAAACCUGUCCUAUAUGUGUACGGUUCUUGUUAUCUCAUUCAAUUAUGCUAACUUUGCUGCUACUCAUAUAUCAAGUUUUGUAGGC